CUUACUCCAGGUGGCACUACAGCGCUAAAGCGCCUCUCUCCCCACUACCUCCCUUUCAUCGCCUUACUCAUACCCACAUCUCUCUAUACCCCAGCAUGGUUCCCUCUCCGAAGUUCAAAAACACUCAACAUUUCAGCAAAGCCAGCGGCAAAGACCGCUGGUCUUGCAACAUAUGCACUCCCGCUGAACGUGCGGAGCAGGAGUCCAUGACGCGUGCAGACGCGGUGCGCCAUGAGCGCACAAGAGCUCACACUCGUCUCGUCGAGAAGGCCGAGCCGGACGAGUGGGCGCCCGGCUAUGUCGACACAUCUGGUUGGGCUAAAGCCUUCGAGUGGUUCACGUCCUGGGAAGGAACUGCACGGGCUGACAAGAUGCCCGACUACAUCCCGUUCUGGAGGGACGGAGUGCUAGCCGCCGAGAGAGGAGAGGAAGUUGGCAAGAUGGAGGAGUUCCUCCAUCGGCUCGACCGUGAAAUCCACCGCCGCAACCCGGGGAUCAGUGGACCCUGGGGUCGCAAACCCGGCCUCGACGUGUGGGGAGAUUCUCCUGCACGUCCCGCACCGAACGCGUGGGGAUCGAAGAAACAGAAGCUUCCGCAAAAGACUGGUCAAUGGGAGACAGACGAGGCAGCUUGGGGCCCGGUUUGGGGGGCUGACCACUGGUCUGUCAGCGCCGGCGACUGGGGCGUGACGAACGAGAAGCCGACAUGGGGAGAGACUGACCCAGCAUGGAACGAUGGGCGGGAUCCCGAUCACGGAUGUGAUAUCUGGGGCGGCGACGGCGGCUGGGGAGUGCCCGCGGAUCCGUCGGGUGUCGAGUGGGGAGUGCCCGCGGGCGGGGCCGUCGGAGAGGUCGGUUGGGGCAUGUCCACAGCGACAGAGUCGUCUAGGAAGGAUGACACUGCUGCAGCCGACGGUGCUCACUGCGGUCUUCCGGGCAGGGAUUUGUCCAUGUUCGCGGAGAAGGUUACGACCCAAGGGGAUAUGAGCCCAGCAAGACGCAAAAGGAUGCUGCGGUUCUCCAAGCUAUCGACGGAAGAGAAGAUUCGCCAGAUUCAGGAUGCCGCACGGAGCCUUCGCACAUUGUCUUAACUUCAUCGGGACAUUCCUCAUCCACUAGCACCACUCUGGGCUCUACUUUACUGACGACGGCACGCUCUGGCAAUUCUAUCCACGCAUAAUUGUCGCAUCCACUUAUGUACGUCACAUCCGCAUCGUCUAUUCUCACAUCUCUAUGCAUGUAUUCUUCCUGCUCUUCCUUGUAUAGUAGCUGCAUCGCAAAGGUUCAAAAUUAAUCAGCAUACGACGUCA